GUGCAGCGCGGGCGCAGAGUAAGAGUGUAGCCUGAGCGCUAGCAGGAAGCGGUGUCGGUUCUGAGGCGGUGUCGGUCCAAAGCGGGUUUAUUCGGUGUGAAAUGACCGUCUGCAGCUUCUUCCUCCAGGGCCGGUGUCGGUACGGCGAGAAGUGCUGGAACGAGCACCCUAGAGGAGCAGGAGGAGGAGGAGGAGGAGGAGGAGGAGGAGGAGGAGGAGGAGGAGGAGGAGGUUUUGGUAACCGUGUGUGGGUUAACCCACAGUCUCAGCGCUCCGGGGGCGGCUACGUCCAGCCCUCCUCGUUCUCCCGUGGGGGGAGCGACUGGGGUCGAGGAGGAGGAGGGGGAGGAGGAGGGGGAGGAGGAGGAGGAGGAGGUGGGAGAGAUGCAAAGAAUUUCAGUUUCUCCGGCCAGAACAGGUACUCGGCCCUGGGCCCACAGAGCAGCUUCGACCGGAGAGGAUCAGCCGCCACAGACGAGAAUGAGAAACACCUGGAGGCCAUUCAGAAGGACAUGGAGGUCUGGCAGAGUUCUGGACAGUGGGCGUUCUCCUGCUACUCCGUCCUCACCGCUCCCAUUACAGGAUUCGUGGAGCUUUCUCCUGAGGAGUUGAGGUUGGAGUACUACACCAGCAGAGCCUCUGGGAAUUUACAGUCUUACGGUAACUCAGUGCAACAGCUGGUGAAUCAGUGGAGAUCCAGAGUACAGGAGCUGAGGACCAUGAACCCCUCCACACGCACCGCAAUGAUUUCAGAGUUAAGCAAUCCAAGACCACAGUCAUCAUCAGGUGGAGGAUUUCUCACAUCUUCAUCAUCAGGGUUUGGGUCUUCGUCAUCAUCAUCAUCAUCUUCUGGAUUUAGUAUAGGAGGAUUUGGAUCCGGUGCCCAGAGCAGUGCUGGUUUCAGCUUUGCCCCGUCCAACACCGGAUUUGGAUCAGCAGGAACCCAGGCCAGUUCGUCUGGAUUCGGAUCAGGUGGUGCCCAGCCCACCUCGCCUGGAUUUGGAUCAGGAAGUUCCCAGCCCAGUUCCUCUGGAUUUGGUGGUUUUGGUUCGUCUGUUCCGUCCUCCGCUCCCUCCGCUUCCGCCUUCUCCUUUGCUCCUCCUGCAGCGAGUAAAAGCUCUUCCGGAGGGUUCGGAUCUGCUGCAGGAUUCAGCUUCGCCCCCUCCACAGCCACUGCAUCUACAGGAGGCGGCUUUGGAGGCGGCUUUGGCUCCUCCGCUCCAGCAGCAGGUGGCAAUCUGUUCAGCCAGGUAGGCAGCAGCAGUAGCGGUGGGUUUGGUGGGGGUUCGGGAGCUGCUGGGGCUUCUGGAGAAAACCUCUUCACCCCUCAGAGUGAACUCACACCAGAGGAGCUGAAGGAGUUCACAGCCAAACGAUUCACGCUGGGUCAGAUUCCCCUCAGACCACCGCCCGCCGAACUGCUAGCCGUCUAAAACGACGGACUCGUGCUAACAUGCUAAGCAAUAACUUGGAGAUAAAUUAGCCGAUCAGCCAAGACAUCUGUAGUCUGAAGAUUGUGUCGUUAGCUUUGUACUGGAGGCUAAUGUGGCUAACAGUACAGCUAACAGUGCUUCAAGUUAACUUCAAGAUGCCACUGUUCUGAGUUAUGCUAACGUACGUCAGUCCAUGUUUAUAGAUAACAGUGAGUCAUACAGAGUCAGAAACCACAGAAUCAGGUCUAACCGGUGAUGCUAAUUAAGCUUUCAUUACGUAGAUUAAUUAUAAUCCUUAUAAUCCUCAUAGCUUCUGUAGUGAAACUAAAGAAACAGACCUUCAGACUCCAGGCGUGUCCUGGCUGAUCGACUGCAUUAGAGGUGCAGGAUUUGAUUCCUAUUUAUUUUUGAUAUUUUUCUGUUUGGUUAUUCUCCUGUAAAUGAUGAAUGUAUGUAAAAUGUCAUUGAUCCAGAUCUGAUCCCUGUUUAAGUGCACACUCACACUUUGUGGUGAGACUUUUAGAGCUUUAUCAUAAUAAAAAUGAUU